CCGACCAUCUUCUUGAUUAGUUCUCAGACAAAAAAAUAGAGCACAAUGAGUUCAAGACCACAAACUAAUCCUCAGCAACAGCAGCAAAGGCCUUUCAACCUCGUACGCUGCACCGCCAUUGUCUUACUAACCACCAUCGUCCUCGUUGGUUUAGCCGUCCUCAUCGCCUGGCUCGUCAUCCGCCCAAAACACCUCCUUUUCUCCAUCGAAAAUGGCAGCGUUUCCAACUUCAACCAGUCCGACACCCACAUGAAUUCCACCUUCUAUUUCACAAUCCGGGCACACAACCCCAACCGCCGACUCUCAAUUUACUACGAUUCCAUCAAGACGUCGGUGGCCUACGAAGACCAGCCCAUCGCCUACUCCACAAUCCAGCCCUUCUUUCAACCACAUCGGAAUGUGACCCGGAUCCAGACCAAAAUCGUGGCGUCGAAUGUACCUCUAACGCCAGGUAGUGCCAGGGACAUCAGGCUCGAGAAGGGAACCGGCGAGAUCGAGCUGUAUGUUUAUGUGUGGGCAAGGAUUAGGUUCAAGGUGGGUGUGUUGAAGUCGAAUGAACGGAGGCUGAAGCUGGCAUGUUCUCCGGUAAUGGUGCACUUUUCUCCGACGCAGCAUUUUGAGCGGACCAUCUGUGAAGCAGGAAUCUAGUACACUAUUACUCUCGUGUUAUUCUUCGGGACGCUUUUAUUAUUCCCUUUACAUUUUUUUUUCCUUCUUUGUUUGGAUGACUGAGGAUGAUUUAUUGAUGUUCCAUUUUUUUUGUUACUUCUUUGAUAUUUUUGUUUUUAUUUUCUCAUUUUUCUUUUACUAGUAGUACUUAUUUAUGAUGGGAAAAUUAUUGUUAGACUUUUUCAUUGUCAUAAAAUGCUGCAUUUGUA